AUGAAUUGCUCUUUGUCAGACCAAGAAGUAUACUGCUUUCUUGGUAUCCUUAUUUUGUCUGGUUAUGCUCCGUUGCCACGACGCCGCAGGUACUGGGAGAGCAAUGAAGAUACCCAUAACAUUCUUGUCGUAAAAUCGCGUUAUUUUCAUGUCGCCGAUAAUACUGCACUGCCUGAAAAUGAUAAGAUGGCAAAAGUACGCCCGCUGAUUGAUAUGCUAAAUGCUAAAUUUCUACAGUAUGCUCCUAUCGAAAAGCAAAUAAGCAUCGAUGAAUCCAUGGUUCCGUAUUAG